UUAUCUUUAUAAAUUUUGACCAAAGGUUGCAUAAUGGUCAGAUUACAAAGAUUAACAAACACGUGUCCCGUCCGUUUUGGCAAGUUAAGCAACGUUGUUUUUUUAUUUUAGUCAACUCAAGUUAAGCAAACUAGACAUCUAUGGUCCCUUUUCCGUGUUUUCCGCCUUCCCCCUCAUUUUCUCCUUUCCCAAAAGACGCAUAAUGGUCAGAUUAACAAAACCUCAUAACCGUCCGAUCUGUCAAGUUAGACAUGAGUGGAUUUCUUUAUGUUAAGCAACUCGGGUUAUAUGCCCGUUUCGGUGUUUUCCUUUUGUCUUUUUCCUGUAAUUUUACAACCCCUACCCUCUCUCUCCAAUUUUUUCUUUCUCAAAAGACGCAGAAUGGUCAGAACAACAAAACUCCUACUCUCCGUUCUGGCAAGUCAAGCAACGUUCGUCUUUUUAAGUUAAGCACCUCGGAUUGA